GAGAGACAAGAAGGACCACGUGAGCGGAAGUUGGGUGAGACAGAACAGUGCGAACUUUUGCUUUCUUUAAUUCUAUGCCACUUUUCGAUCGGUUUCAGUGAUUCACAUUAUCUAUUCCAAGUUUGAGAGGAAACCAGCACUGACACAUAGACAUUUUUGGUAUUGAAACACUUGAAGGAUGGCCGAGCAGCUACAAAAGCUUGUUGCACAGAAGAAGGAUGUUGUCGAGACUGUCAUGGAAGUGUUUGAGCAGGGCGCAGAAGUGGUGGCCAGCAUUGCUGGAGAUUUGUUCCCUGUUUUCUCAAUCGCAGCUCCUAUUGUGAAGCUGGCUUUGGAUAAUGUGGAAAGUAAAGAGGCCGUGUACAUGAAGGAGCAGUUCCAGAAGGUACGAGAUCACCUGGAAGUCGUCUCUGAGGAGAUCCAGCAGAUAACUGAGGAGAUCAAGAAAAGUGGGGUAGAUGCCACCUAUUUCUCAGUGGAGGAGAACAUGACCAACCAGUUCCGCAAAUUUAUGGAUGUCCUUAAUGCGAAGCCUAAAUUCAGAGAAGUCAGGAAGAACGAGUUCCUGAAGCACUUCGCUAGGGCAGACGGUGACAAAAACUUGCACGUUCUGUAUAAUGCCGUAACAGGAUAUAACUUUUCUGGAGAGUCCGUGCUGGAGAUCAUUCUGAAUUAUGAGCAGAAAAGCCGCAGGGUGUUGGAGGACUUCUGCGCUAGACUGAAGAAACUGUUUUGCAUUGGUUUGAUCGCCUUUCUUGGAUACACAACACUGAAAGGUGAUGAUGACGAGAAGGUGCUUCAAGAGUGGAGUGAAAACAUGAAAGUAGUCCAGGCUAAAAUGAACGUCGUUAUUGAAGACUGCAUCAACAGCUUCCCGACGCAGGCCGAGCUCGAUUCGAAACGUAUCGUGAGAGACCACAGUGACAAGAGCAACCAGCAACUGGCUGACAUGAUAGUGGAACACCUGAAAAAGAAGUACGACUGGGUGUGCUGGUCAGUCCGUGUCUUUAAUUCACCCACUGGCCUGUUCACCAACAAGAAAGACUUCCAGGGUUUGGUGGGAAAGAGUCGGUUUCAGGUGCAGGCAUCAGACGAGAAGCUAAAUGUUGUGAUCUCCUACAGCUCCUCGCCUGAACCCAUAGAUAAAACCCGGAUACAGAACCUGAUCUCGGAACAGAAGAAUCCCAAGGUGAUAGCAGUGGCGGAGCAGCUUUUUGAGACAAUUCCACUCUGCGUGGUCCACACAGUCAAGACCUUAUGCAAAGACAUGGGCUUCUCCUGUAGCUUUUCUGAUGAGCUGCACUACUUUGAAGAGUUUAAGAACUUCUAUGUCUUCCUGCAUGCUGCUUAAAGCAUGCAAGAAGGGAAAUAGUAGAAAUAGCAGGGAAAUAGUAGAAAGUGUUCACGACAUAUUUUAUCAAACAUAUGGACCACAAUAAUUACACUUUAAGGACAAUUUUUACAGGGCUGAAAGAUAUUUUAAUUAAAAUUGUAAUGACUAAUAUACAUUUUUAUGUAGUACUUUUAAUUUGUGCUUGUUUUCUAAAGCUGUAACUGAACACUUUUAAUAUAUCAAAUUUGUGCUUUGUACUCCCUUAUUAGUGUCAUGUAUCUAUUGGGUGAUAGAUCAUUUUUGUAGAUGGGAUGGUAAUACAAAAGUUUGAAUUCAGAUAGAGGUGGUCUCAGACUACUGUUGCAUGCAAAACUUCACAAAGCUUCAAUAGGACUAUCCAGCCACAAUGCAACUUCUGGGAAUCGGGGUCGGGGAAGAAAUAAACACUAUUAGAGUUUUACUUGACACAUUUAUUAGCAUGCAAUCAAUGUAUUGAUUAGAAGAAUUGUCGCUUUGAGUUAUGCCUGUGAAAUCUGAUUACAAAGUCUACAUAUAUUUAAUGCUAAUUAAAUGCUUGUUUAAUGUUUUCUAUACAGCCAUUUAUGCAGGAUGCCGCUCUAUAUUUUGGAGUUUUUUUCUGCACUGGUCUAUUAUUAUGGUAAAAUAUCUUUUACCUCUCUUAAAUGGCAUGUACGAACAAACCAAACUGUGGUUGGUUUCUUUACAUGUAGUCAGAUGGUCUCUUCAUGUCUAAGUGGGCGGUUUUUGGCCAGAACAAGCUGGCUUCGUGAGACUAAUGUAGAUGGAAUUUCCCUGCAAUUAAUGUUCUCUAAGAUUUAGAGAAAGAAAAAACAGCUGUGUAAGUAGACAAUAGACUGACUAAGCACCAAUUUGGACCCACACAGUGUUGUUCCAAAAUUGUAAAAUAUAUUUAUGUUUGAACAUUAUAUAAUCAUUUGUCCUUCCAAAUGUCUUUGCAGAUUGAAUAUAUAUUAAAGUCAACAUGAGAACAAAAUGGACC